GUGCAGAGUGCUCACGGAACUGGUGUCUAAGAUGCGGGAUAUGCAGAUGGAUAAGACAGAACUGGGGUGCCUUCGAGCCAUUGUCCUAUUCAACCCAGACUCCAAGGGUCUGUCAAACCCAGGCGAGGUGGAAGCUCUGAGAGAGAAAGUCUACGCGUCUUUAGAAGCGUACUGCAAACAGAAGUACCCUGAGCAGCCCGGCAGAUUCGCCAAGCUGCUGCUGAGGCUGCCGGCGCUGCGCUCCAUCGGCCUGAAGUGUCUGGAGCACUUGUUCUUCUUCAAGCUCAUCGGCGACACGCCCAUCGACACUUUCCUCAUGGAGAUGCUGGAAGCGCCUCACCAAAUGACAUAACGAGCGCGGGCGGGACUCCUCUUAUCCGGUCCGAAGCAGCAGGGUCCUUUUUGGUUUUGACGCAUCCAGACUUUUACCCUGGCUUCACCCCUAAAACAUCAAGACCACGGGUGUGUUUUUAUACCUUGUACAGUUCUAUAAAUAAGAAAUAUAUAUAUAUAUAUAUAUAUAUAUAUAUAUAUGAGAUGUGGUCGCCGGAAGACAAACGCAAUGUACUGAGCCAGCAUCUCCAGCGGACCAUUCCCAAGUCUGGGUGUGUGUGCAAACUCAGCGGCAGCGGGGGGGGGGGCUUCUUGCACUAAAAUUCCGGAAGCGACUCGACAGACUGCAAGUGACGAGAACCUCAGGUGGUCCGAAGCAAUCCAACCAGGUCUUACUGUAUCAACACUGUGCAACAACGGCAGCGAGGGUGAGUCCAUAACUGCGCUCAAUCAGGAAAAAAAAAUGUGGAGAAGGGGUCUUAGGUCUUAUUACGUAAGUACAAUCUGCACACAGUUUGUGCACACAGGAGGAAGCCAGGCUGGUGUCAGUCCACCGACAACCCGCAUUACAACAUUCUGCCUUUUUAUUUUGCUUUUCAACCAACCUCUCCGCGCGUCUUUACGACCAUCUGCAGUAUUUCGUCCGUUUCAGAGCACCGUUACCUCAACACCGUGACCAGUAUUCGUUGCUUACUUUGCACUUAACCUCGAGACGGAGCGCAAUCAACCUCCCCCGGCUGGGAAUCUGGCCCGAUCAUCUUUAUUUUCCUCCCAGCCGGACAAACAAUCACUCUCUAAAGAUAAUAUAACAAACAGUCGCUAUCAAAAGUAAAGAACAUAAUAGAUAGUACUUUAUUAUAAUAAUAUAAUGUCAUGGCUGGCUUGAGUUUCCAAUAAUUUCUACAUUUCUUAAGUUUUUUUGUGAUAAAGUGAUCGGAGUUCAUACUUGUCGGUCACAAAAAACAUUCAUAAAAUUUGCUGAGUCUUCUAAAAAUGUAAGCAAAUCGGCUGGAUCUUGAAAAAAAAAAUGGUGCAGUUCUAGCUCGGUUGGUAGAGCGGCCGUACCAGCAACUUGAGGGUUGCAGGUUCGAUUCCCGCUUCCGCCAUCCUAGUCACUGCCGCUGUGUCUUUGGGCAAGACACUUUACCCACCUGCUCCCAGUGCCACCCACGCUGGUUUAAAUGUAACUUAGAUAUUGGGUUUCUCUAUGUAAAAGCGCUUUGAGUCACUAGAGAAAAGCGCUAUAUAAAUAUAAUUCACAAAAUAUAAUUCACAGUUCAGCUAAAUGUGUUGGUUUUCUGACGUGGACUUGUUUCUUCAGCAUUGUCCACACUAAGGGGAGGGAACCUACGGCUCUUUUAAAGAGACAUUGCUUAGCACGAUAAGCAAUGAAUAAUUACGCUGGUAAUCACGGUGUUAAAAAUAACGUUCACAAUAUAAAACAUUCUCAUGCAUUUGAAUCCAUCCAUCCGUUUUCCUACCGCACCUGUUCAAGAAGUCGCAUUAAAUUCCUACUGAAAGCCACUACUAGCGACCACGCAGUCUGAUAGUUUAUAUAUCAAUGAUGAAAUAUUAACAUUGCAACACAUGCCAAUACGGCCGCUUUAGUUUACUAAAUUGCAACUUUAAAUUUCGCACAGAAGUAUCAUUCUGAAACGUCAUCUGUUUUCAUCGCAUAAUUCCACAGUAUUCUGGACUCUGUGUUGCUGGAUCUUUUGCAAUUUGUUCAAUGAAUAAUGGAGACGUCAAAGAAGAAAGCUGUAAGUGGGAAGCGGUGUAUUGCGGCCGUCUUUAGCGACACAAACACAGCCGGUGUUUCAUUGUUUACAUUCCCGAAAGACGACGGUGAAGCUUUACUAUGGACUGGACUCUUGCGACUGUGUUGGAUCCAUUAUGGAUUGAACUCUCACAGUAUCAUGUUAGACCCGCUCGACAUCCAUUGGUUUCCUCCUCUCCAAGGUUCUCAUAGUCAUCAUUGUCACCGACGUCCCACUGGGUGUGAGUUUUCUUUGCCCUUAUGUGGGCCUACCGAGGAUGUGGUAGUGGUUUGUGCAGCCCUUUGAGACACUAGUGAUUUACGGCUAUAUAAGUAAACAUUGAUUGAUUGAUUGAACACAGCGGUCAAGCGAACAUGGUUCCCUACCACAUCUCAACCGGCAGGUUUCGGUGACAAAAUGGUGGUAAUAAGUCGGCUCUUACCGUAGACAUGAGCGGAGAGCUUGCGUCGUUUUUCCUGCACCUGUCAAAGAGGCAGCUGCGGACUCUCUUGCCUCCUCCCACCGGCUGUCCCCGACCGUCGGAUGCUUCCAACGUGGAAGAAGCAUCGGCUGCCUUCGCCUCGUCCAGAAACGUGGUUUCCCUUGGAGACACUGGCAGUCACCACACCCCUCCGGCUUUCAGGUUGUACAGGUACAACCAUAUAAUAUUACUAAAACACUAAUAACACAAUGGACAGAUAAGGGAUUUUCCAGAAUUAUCCUAGUAAAUUUGUCUAAUAACAUCUGAAUCGUUCUGCCGUCUAGUUCUUUUUUUUCUUCUAGUCCUUCACUCUCACUUUCCUCAUCCACAAAUAUUUCAUCCUCGCUCAAAUUAAUGGGGAAAUUGUCGCUUUCUCGGUCCGAAUCGCUCUCGCUGCUGGUGGCCAUGAUUGUAAAUAAUGUUCAGAUGUGAGGAGCUCCACAACCAAUUCAAUUUACCUUUAAUAAAUAAAUCUAUGUAUAUAUAAAAAUGGGUAUUUCUGCCAUACAUUUGUUUCCUUUUACGGAAGGUUUUUUGUAGAGAAUAAAUGAUGAAUAAAACACUUAAUUGAACGGUUUAAAAGAGGAGAAAACAGGAAAAAUUUGAAAAUUUUAUAUUUUAACAUAGUUUGUCUUCAAUUUCAACUCUUUAAAAUUCAAAAUUCAACGGAAAAAAAGAAGAGAAAAACUAGCUAUUUCGAAUCUUUUUGAACAAAUUUAAAAAAUAAUUUAUGGAACAUCAUUAGUAGUUUUUCCUGAUUAAGAUUAUUUUUAGAAUUUUGAUGACAUGUUUUAAAUAGGUUAAAAUCCAAUCUGCACUUUUAUUAGAAUAUAUAACAAAUUGGACCAAGCUAUAUUUCUAACAAAGACAAAUCAUUAUUUCUUCUAGAUCUUUCAGAACAAAAUUUUUAAAAGAAACUAAAAAGACUUUGAAAUAAGAUUUAAAUUUGAUUUUACAGAUUUUAUAGAUUUGCCAGAAUAUUUUUUUUUAAUUUUAAUCAUAAUAAGUUUGAAGAAGUAUUUCACAAAUAUUCUUCGUCAAAAAAACAGAAGCUAAAAUGAAGAAUUAAAUUAAAAUGUAUUCAUAUUCCUUACAAUAAAAAAAAUAAAAAAACUUAGGGGAAGGAAUUUAAAAGGUAAAAAGGUGUUUAAAAAUCCUAAAAUCAUUUUUAAAGUUGUAUUUUUUCUCUAAAAUUGUCUUUCUGAAAGUUAUAAGAAGCAAAGUUAAAAAAAUAAAUGAAUUUAUUUAAACAAGUGAAGACCAAGUCUUUAAAAUAUUUUCUUGGAUUUUCAAAUUCUAUUUGAGUUUUGUCUCUCUUAGAAUUAAAAAUGUCGAGCAAAGUGAGACCAGCUUGCUAGUAAAUAAAUACAAUUUAAAAAAUAGAGGCAGCUCACUGGUAAGUGCUGCUAUUUGAGCUAUUUUUAGAACAGGCCAGCGGGCGACUCAUCUGGUCCUUUUGGGCGACCACGUUGGUGACCCCUGACCUACAGUAUAAACACUUUGUAGGACUCAACAAAAGACAUUCAACUUAAAGACAACAUAUUCUACACACCAUGCAGCGUCCACUUUCUAGUGGAGUAUAAUACCUGCAAAUGAGACACAGAAGUGUAAGAAAACCAACAAAAAUUUGUUAACACAUUUGAACACACACAAAAGAACCGACGGUUGGUGUUUGGGAUCGAUUCCCAUUUGGUGUUGCAUGGAUUCCAAUGUGAAGGGUACCCAUCCUUGGUGAGAACCACCGUCAUCUUUGGGAAUGUAAACAAUGAAACACCGGCUGUGUUUGUGUUGCUUAAGGCGGCCGCAAUACACCGCUUCCCACCUGCAGCUUUCUUCUUUGACGUCUCCAUUAUUCAUUGAACAAAUUGCAAAAGAUUCAGCAACACAGAAGUCCAGAAUACUGUGGAAUUAUGCGAUGGAAACAGAUGACUUAUAGCUCUACAAUAAUCAUACCGUGACGUUUCAGCAGGAUACUUCUGCAUGAAAUUUAAAAUUACAAUUUAAUAAACUUAUUGGCAAGUGUUGCAAUGUUAAUAUUUCAUCAUUGAUAUAUAAACUAUCAGACUGUGUGGUUGCUAGUAGUGAGUUUUAGUAGGCCUUUAAAUCUAAAGGUAAAGUGUGUAAAAAUGCACACAAUUGCAGGAAAUGUCGAUGCAAAAUGUUCUUUUAGGGUCAACACUUGGUGUCGAUAGAAAUGUUCCACCGCCUGAAAAGUCUAUUUUGGUUUUGUUUAGAGGAGUUGACUCUAUGUUGGGAUAAAUACUUGGAUCCUGUACCAUCCCCAGACUAAACCUGCAGAGAUCAGAGGCGACACAAACUCACCCAGUUGCAAUUGCUUCAAUAAGAAGAGACUCAAAAGCAGUUUUGUUUUUAAGUUUCAUUCUAAAAAAGGCUCAACUGCACUGAAAAUUAAUAUCAAUUACUGAAUAUCCCGGUCUGCUUUUAUAAGAAGGCCUUGGUUGAGCAUAUCUGGAGGAGUUUUUUCCCCCCAACCCUCCAACAAGUAAACAUCUGUCAUGGUGUAAAACAAGAAGUGAUGCACCAGCUCCCUCUAGCGGAGGUGAUUCGGUACUGCAACACCAUUUCAACAUGCUUUUUGUUUUUUUUGAAAGAAAAGGCACUUUUUCACAGUUUUUGUUUUUAAUUCAAACUCCCAAACCGUGCUUUGUGUUGCCAAACAAGAGAAAUAGCAAUAAUUAUUCAUGACUUACUGGCCUGUGUGAUUAUAAUUCUUAAUACAAACUAUCCAGGUGACAGUAUUGACUGCCGGGGGUGAGCUUAGUUUACAGUAUUUAUAUGAUAAAAGUAUAUAUAUAUAUAUAUAUAUAUAUAUAUAUAUAUAUAUAUAUAUACAUAUAUAUAUAUAUAUAUAUACAUAUAUAUAUAUAUAUAUAUAUAUAUAUAUAUAUAUACAUAUAUAUAAAAGGGUCAUUUGUAGUUCAAACUAACUUGAAAUUUGAAACUUGUUUAUUUUCCCUCUGAAAUCAUAUCUAAAGAAAAAUUUUCAUGUUGACUGUCAUCGGGUGUUUUGAAGCCAUAAAAUGUGGAUGAUGUGUAAGCUCAGAUAAAAAAACAAAACAUCAACAGAAUGAUAAAACUUCAUGGAUGCUUUAGAAAGUAAAGCUAUAUUUUGUUAAUAUGUAUAUGUGUAUAUAUUUCUAAAUAAAUAUAUGGGAAAAUGUGUUUCUUGAGUAUUUGGAAGGAGGAGUUUUAUGGGGGUCUUUACACAAUUAUUAGAAGGUUUUAUGCCUUUUUCAAAAAUCAUUAAACAACAAGAAAAAAAAAAAGGAACCAACCAGCAUAAUAACCCCAGUAGCUCUGAAUGUGCAGUUUAUGGGACCUCAGUGUGAAAGAGAGAGAAAUAAAAUGUUUGCUUAACUUGGCAAUUGUUUAAAAAAAAAAAUGUAAUCAGGAAAAAAAGCUACGCUUGUGACACAAUCACUGCUUUUUGUUGUUGUUGCGUAAACAGAAAAAAAUAUUCAAGUAAAAAUGUUGAAAAAAGAUCUAUUUUUGUACAAAAGUAAUUCCCUGGUUUAUGGAUUUAUUUCCUGUUCUUGUUGUUGUUGGAGAAUGUCAGCAAGGAGUGUUGGCACUUUUUUUUUUUUUUUUUUUGUUAAAGUGUCCAUUUUACUUUGCGCCUCUUGUCGUGUUUACUUUCUAAGUGGAUGGAAUUGUUUGUCAUCUGUUCUCUGUGUUCUUUGUGGACACACUUUAAAAAAAAAAAAAACAUUAAAAAAACAAAGUGAACAUGA